UAAGCCCGUUAAACGUCUCAUUUUAGAUCACAACAGAAAGUGCCUAAGCGUCCGAACAGGUCAAGCGUCGGCCUCUCCGCAGUGACAACAAUAGCCACACUGAGCUCCAUCAUCGCUACAACUUGGCAACUCUUCGCUGGAUGGAUUUGCUGCAAGACGGAGUGGGUUUGGGUCCCGUCUUUCCGGUGUUCAUUAUGAACAAGACCCAAAACUGAAGAGAUGUGAGCAAGGCUGGAUGAUUUUGGAUCUUGUAGCCUAAAGGUAACGCGUACUCGCCAAGAUGGAUUAAUUUUUUCAGUGCUUUCAUUUGCUUCUUUUGUAUUCAUCGAUUUUCAGUGCAAGGGAAAAAUGUGGAUGUUGACCACUUCAAGUCAUAUGUUUUCCUAACAAGGAGGACAAACUAUUCUCUAUGAAAGAGGAUUACGCGCCAUUGUUUCAUUUCAGAUAAAUUAUAGAAAGGACACAAGACACUUUUCCUAUUUACAUUUGUGUGCAGUGGAACAGUUCUUAUAGCAGAGUUCAGCAAUGGAGCACACUGGCAUUGAAGAAGUGAACCAAACGCACCAGCAACAUGAGCCUAUCAGUUUUGGAAUAGAUCAAAUUCUGAACAGCUCGGACCAACCCAGUAGCUGCAUGCUUCCAAACCGAACCAGCGAUCCGGAUUACCAGCUAGCCCCAAAUGUCUACUCAAAUGGCUACAACAGUGUUUACAAUCCGGCCUGCUCCAUGGCCGCCGGAUUGGCGGGCUCAUAUAACGUAAACAUGAACAUGAAUGUCAGCAUGAAUAUGAACGUUAACGUAAAUUCGGGGAAUGCCGGUGGUGUCAUCCGCGUCCCAGCCCACAGACCCAUGCCGCCAGCUCCACACCCCCCUCCCCCUACUCAUCCACCCGGCAUUGGUGCCGGGAUACCACCGGUGCCGACGGUACCAAACAUGGGAAACCCGGCAAACUUUACCUUCCCCUGGAUGGAAAGCAGUAGGAGGUUUGCGAAAGACAGACUGACGGCAGAGCAGGCAAUGGACAAACAUGCAGGAGGCCCCACUGGAAUGCCUGGGGCUCUCCUGCCGUCCCUGCUCAGCCUGGGGGCUCUACCUGAGGGGGACAUGGGCAGGGCCUCCCCCUGGAGCUCUGCGGAGAUGCUAGCCAAACACUAUUGCGCGAGUCCGCACCUGGACUACGCCUUAGCAAAGAGUGCAGGCCACGCAGCCCUGUCGCCAUUCUCGGUGACCCGGCGCAUCGGUCACCCGUACCAGAACCGCACGCCACCCAAAAGGAAAAAGCCGCGCACCUCCUUCUCUCGCGUGCAGAUCUGCGAGCUGGAGAAGCGCUUCCACCGGCAGAAGUAUCUGGCGUCAGCUGAGCGCGCCACCCUGGCCAAGGCCCUGAAGAUGACCGACGCGCAGGUCAAAACCUGGUUCCAGAACAGGAGAACCAAGUGGAGGAGACAGACGGCGGAGGAGCGGGAGGCGGAGAGGCAGCAGGCCAACCGUCUGAUGAUGCAGCUGCAGCAGGAGGCCUUCCAGAAGACCCUGAGCCAGCCGCUGCAGCCCGACCCCCUGUGCCUGCACAACUCCUCGCUCUACGCCCUGCAGAACCUCCAGCCCUGGGCAGAUGACAACAAGUUGACCGUCUAGCCGAGGGGGGGACCUACUACCACCACCACCACUACUACUACUACUACUACUACAACAGUAUGCCUUCGCCACCUGACUUUACGGAUGGAUUGAGCGAUGGAUGAACUCUUCUCCAUCCAAACCUUCACGCUGUUUGUCUACGUGCCGAGAGGCAUCCACAAGACACUGACUCAGCCAAUGACUCAUUUGUUCUUCUGUUUGACUUUGUGAAAGGAGAGACAGAGUGAGAGAAAGCAGGAAAGAGAGCGAGAGAGAGCGAGAGGUGGGGAAAAACAAAUAUGUACAUGAUGCAUGCUCUUGAUGGGUUCUUCUUUUGUGAACUGGAAUCCAAGUCAAUGAAGGUGAAGUCCUUCAGGACUGAAGUUGUCAUAAAAAAAACAAUUAUAGUUUCUUCCCUCCACCUUUACAGGAUCCCUCAUUAUUAUUAUUAUAUACAUUUAAAGGUGUUUUAUAAUAAUUAAACAUGUGAUUUUUU